AAUCGGUGCCUCGGGGCGGAGAUGCCAUCCUCGCGAUGUCCCACCCAAGGUUCCCAGGCCCGCUUGGGGAAGUGAAAACCGGGUGACUGGCCCAGCUCGUGACCCAGAGCUCCGCGGUCAUGACACAGAUUUUCCACCCCAGCCACAUGGCGGUGCUGAGACCACUGCUCCUGGCCGCGCUGCUGUGGGUCCCCGCCAGGACCUUGAGCUGCUACGGGGACUCGGGGCAGCCUGUGGACUGGUUCGUGGUCUACAAGCUGCCGGCGGGGAGCCGGUCCGGGGAUUCAGCGCCGAGAGGGCUGCGUUACAAAUACCUGGACGCGAGCUCAGGGGGCUGGCGCGACGGCGUGGGGUCCAUCAACAGCUCGGAGGGGGCCGUGGGGCGCAGCCUGCUGCCGCUGUACCGGAGCAACGCCAGCCAGCUCGCUUUCCUGCUCUACAAUGACCAACCACCUAAAGCCGUCAAGACUCCCGAGUCCUCCAGCCGUGGGCACACGAAAGGUGUCCUGCUCAUGGACCAAGAAGGGGGCUUCUGGCUGGUCCACAGCGUGCCACGCUUCCCUGCCCCGGCCUCCUCUGCGGCCUACAGCUGGCCUCACAACGCCCAGCACUACGGGCAGACCCUGCUCUGCGUGUCCUUCCCCCUCGCCCAGUUCGUGCAGAUUGGCAAGCAGCUGACCUACGCUUACCCUCUGGUCUAUGACUAUAAGCUGGACGGGGUCUUCGCCCAGAAGUUCCCCGACCUGGUGGAGGUAGUCAAAGGCCACCACGUUCGCCACGAACCCUGGAACAGCAGUGUGACACUCACGUCGCAGGCAGGGGCUGCUUUCCAGAGCUUCGUCAAAUCCGGAAACUUCGGAGAUGACCUGUACUCCGGCUGGUUGGCGGCAGCCCUUGGCAGCACCCUGCAGGUGCAGUUCUGGCACAACUCCCCAGGCAUCCUGCCCUCCAACUGCUCGGGGCCUCAGCAAGUGCUGGACGUGACCCAGACUGCCUUCCCGGGGCCGGCGGGGCCCACCUUCAAUGCCACAGAGGAUCACUCCAAAUGGUGCGUGACCCCAGAAGGGCCCUGGGCCUGUGUGGGCGACAUGAAUCGAAAUGUCGGAGAGCAGAAGCGGGGCGGGGGCACAGUGUGUGCCCAGCUACCGGCCCUCUGGAAGGCCUUCCAGCCCCUGGUGAAGGGCUGGGACCCUUGCGGGGAGGAGAGCAAGGCUGGGGAGCCUAGCAGAAGGUCAGUACAAUGAGCCAGUUUGGACCAGAGUUCGAAUCCCAGUUCAACCCUUUGCUCAUUGUGACCUGAAUUAUGUAUCUUCGUUUCUUUUCUUUUCUUCUUCUUUUUUUUUUUUUUUUUGAGAUUUUUCAUGGUUUUUUUUU